CCAACAGCAUACCAUUAAAGUCUUUGUAUCCUCAAACUUGCUUUAGUUUUUUAACAAUGGAGGUGUUUUUGUCAACCCGAUCAGAUGUUCAAUCCUUGCCUGAUUGCUAUGUACUCCCACCAGAUAAAAGACCCAAACAACAUGAUGCUCCCGUUGGCCAAGCCAUUCCAGUCAUUGAUAUUCAAAACAUUGUCGAUCCUGAUGAUCGCGCUGAGAUUGUUCAGCAAAUUGUAAAAGCAUGCCAGGAAUUCGGUUUGUUUCAGGUGGUGAACCAUGGAGUUCCAGGAAAGUUAAUGGAUGAUGCGAUGAGUGUGUUAAUUGAUUUUUUCACCAAGACACCUGCAGAAUACAAAGCACAGUUCAUCACAGAUGCCAGGGAUAAGAGUUGUGUUCUGUACACAAGCAAUUUGAUAUAUGAUGAUCACGAAGAGGGUAUUCGUUAUUGGAGGGACUGUUUUAUCCAUCACUGUUAUCCACUAGAGGAUCACAUCAAGAAUUGGCCUGAAGACCCACCCAAAUAUCAAGAAGUUAUCGGGCCAUAUUCUGUUGAAGUGAGGAAGUUUCUGCUGACUAUUUUGGAUUUAUUAUGUGAAGGACUAGGAUUAGAACCAGGGUAUUUUGCAGGGGGUCAUAGCAAAACACAGCUAUUGUCAGUGAAUCACCACAUUCCAUGCCCAGACCCAAGUUUGACCUUGGGACAUGCCGAACACUCUGACCCCAACCUCAUCGCCGCUCUUCAUCAGUGUGAUGUGCCUGGACUUCAAACCUGCAAGGAUGGCCAAUGGAUCGGUGUCCAGCCCAUUCCUCAUGCAUUUGUUAUCAUCCCUGGUGUUCAAUUCAAGCCGAUCAGUAAUGGUAUGUUUUCAAGUCCAAGACACAGAGUGGUGGCAAAUACAAAAAAACAUCGCACCACAUAACUCCUAUCCAAUAUAUCUAUGUAUUAAUGUGUGAGUGAAAAAUAAAUACAUGCAUGGAUGCAUGCAUGCAUGCUCUGGCACAAUUAAUGGGUGCAGCCAAACUUGGUUUGAUAUGUAUUAUAUUCAUGUAAAAUAGGGUGUGGGAAAAUAUGUACUAGUACUUGUGAUGGAGGGCGGUAAUGUAUGCUUUUUUUUGUUGUUGUUGUUGUUGUUGUU